CUAGGGUGACCUUUAAUAUUACACACCAUUCCACAAUCAGAGGUGCUUCAUUCGCGAGGGAUCUAGAACGAAGAACACACACAAAGGACGUGACGACCAUUAAGAGGACAACUGUUCUGUAACCAAAGGUAACGAAACUCUUUGUGGCUGGUAUUCCGGAUCCGUGCCGAGUACAAUGGGGAAUAUUGUCUCCAAAAAGGGAGCUCGCUCCACCAUGCCUUACGAGGAAGACCACGACGGCGAGCAAGAUGAAAAAGCAGUCUUUGUCUCAAAAGGAAGAGUUGCACUCUCACCACCUCCAGCCGAAGACGAUGAACAAGGGGAAAAGACAGCCAAAAAGCCGCCCGAAGAUUUGGAGAAACGAGAGUUCACGUCAGAUCUCGCGAGACUUAGAAAAGAGAUGGCGACUUUGCACAGCAUGACGGACUUCACGACAUCUGAAUCCACCGAACCUCUGACAUUUCUGUUCGACAUCUACAAAUUUCACAAAGACAAAGCAAGAUUCAUAGGAGAAGAACUAAACAGACUCGACCUAGCGGGACUCUUCUGUAAAGCGUGGAAAUCACUGCACGAAGUUGACCCUUUGAGAGAAGAAGUAUCAAAGACCAAUCUAAAGAAACUGAAGGGCUGUUUGUGGAAUUUUACCGACCAGACGCCAGCUCUGUGCGAAGCGUUAGGGAAAACGGAAGCGUUUGAACUUCUUCUGUCAGACCUGAAAAAUCCGGAACUUGACGUGGACAGUCUCAAAUCUCAUGAUAAGAGAUACCUCAUGAAGGGCAACUUGGGUAUUCUACUCAACUCAGUACGUCUGUGUACAGACAACAAGGCCGUAUGUAGAGAGGCAAACGCGGUGGAACUUCUCACUAAAUAUCUGAGUUCCAAAUAUUACAUCAUCAAGACAAAGGCUAUCCUGACGCUGGCAUAUAUCGUCAACGAUGACGAAAACGACAAACUCAAUGCCUCAGUCGAAAAUAUCCGGUUCAUCCUGAAGUUACUGCGGGCGGCCCUGGAGCAGCCUGAUCACCGGGCCAAGACGUACAACUUCUCGGCGUCGGAGCUCGUCAGCGGCCUGAACGAACUCGCGAGCAACGACGGCAAUAAGGUGAAAAUCGUGGAAGAAGGAGGCCUGACUCUUCUGUACCAGCUUCUGUUGGACGGCAGCAGUCUGGAGGAGAACAUACUCGCCGCGAAGGGACUGUGGAUUCUCGCUUUUAACAAGAGCAACAAAGAAGCCAUCAAGAAGACAGGCUGCGUUGAAGCACUGAAGGCGCUACAGCGCAAGACUACAGAUAAAGAACUGAAAGAGGUUUGCGCCGGUGCAUUGUGGGAAAUCAACGGUGGCGGCCAUGACAGGUCUCUGACCAAGACCACAGCAGAAGGUGGUCACGUGAUGAUCAGCUACCAAUGGGAUGUUCAGCCGAAGGCCCUGGUGGUGAAAGAGAACCUGACGAAGGCUGGCUACAGAGUUUGGAUGGACGUGGAACAGAUGGGUGGAGAUAUCCUGGAGGCCAUGGCGGAGGCGGUAGAGGGCGCUGCAGUUGUGUUGAUCUGCAUGACUGAGAAAUACAAGGAUAGUCCGAACUGUCGGACAGAGGCGGAGUACACCCACAAGCUGCGGAAAGAUAUCGUUCCGCUGCGUCUGCAGCCGCGGUACGACCCGGACGGGUGGCUCGGGGCUCUGGUCGGGAUGAAACUCUACUUCGACCUCAGUACCGAGGACAGGAUGAACGAGAACAUGGACGGCUUCAUCAAGGAACUUGGCGAUCGAGGAAGAGGGGAACGAGAUUCUACAGACGCAGGUUUUAGCCCUGUUGUACGACACAUUGCAGAGGUGCAAGGGACAGCAAAAUCCAGCAGCGUUGCAUCAUGGUCCAAGGAUGACGUCACAAAAUGGCUCACCGACAUAGGUAUGGACAGCUAUCACGAGAUUUUCCGAGACUACGAUGGACAGAUGAUUGUACAGCUUAGAAAGCUAUCAGUGAGAGCGCCAGAGUUCUAUUACAGCUCAUUGAAAUCAGAUCUUGGGUUGAAGGACCUUAGCAGUGUUUUAAAAUUUACUUCGGAGCUGGAGCGCCUCUCAUGAAUGAGACAUAGGAAUGUUAACGAAAAUUGAGCAAGUCACACGUCAGUCUUCCUUCAGUCAAAGAUAAGUAUAUGAUGUAACCAAAUAUCAAUAUUCAUCUGCCAAGUCAUACAACCAACACCUAGAAAGUAAAGAAUAAAGUGCUGAAAAAGAUGUGCAAUGCAGCGGGCAAUGCACUCCUGUAUAUCCAAACUGUGCAUCCAUGGGCAUGCUGCAUUAUAAAGAUAUAUCAAACACAAUUUUCCUCAAAAGAGUGCAUGUAUGUAACUUGGUGGAGAAAUGUUAGUGAGGGUUAUCAUUGCGUGUCAAAUUGGAUAUUCACAAGAAUGCUCCAUGAUUCAAGUACAACGUCACAACGCCAAUGUCAGACAUACGCCUAGAAAAUGUUAUUAGACUUUUCCAUCAUUAAGAAGAAACAGGGUUACCAGUAAAAAACGUAUUUUGAAUUUCUUUAAACCUUUAAGAUUUAAUAAGACUCCGUGUUCAAUUGAUGAAUAGAGUAAAGCAACUUAGCUGUGUCACAGAAUUGAAUAUAGCCUUGCAGGAAGUGAGAAAAGAAUAUCUACAAGAAAUGGAUGACUAUUGUCUAUUAAUACUCUAUGUGCAAUAUUCGUGUUACUAGUAAUUGUGCAAUAUGUAUCGUAUUAUUGUGUAUUACGUAGCGUUAUACUAGCUCAGUGAAAUAAAUUAUGUUACCUUCG